UGAAAAAAUAAGAUUUUUAUGUCCUUUUCUCACCUAUCUCUCUCCCUUUCUCUCUCCAUCACCGCCGAUUCUGCUCAUCUUCAUCAUCUCUCAGCUAGGGUUUCUGGUACCAGUCGAAUCGCUACUUUGAAUAUACCUUUAUUUCAGGUUUUGCGUUUUAAAUGAUCAUCUUAAGAAUCACUAGAUGAUGAUGGUUGGUGAAUAUAUUGAUCUGUAGAUUCAAGUUUGAUUGAUUGAUUCAUCAUCAAAUCGAUGAGUUCGUUUUCUCGAACUAGUGAAAUUGUUGAAGUUAAAGAUGAUGUUCAAAAUUCAAAGAAGAUGAAUAGAAAUGCAGUACGUGAUAAGGAACAGAGGCGUCAAGUGAUGAAAUUAGGUUAUAAUAAUCCCUUGGAUGAUGAUAUUAAUAAGCUUUUUGAAGGAAUCAGUCUUAAGAUUUCAUCUAAGAAUCAUAAUGUAUCUAACCAAAUUCCUUCAAAUGAGUCGAAGAAACCGAUUCAGUUCGGUGCUCCUUCUUCACCGAGAAUUGGAUUUUCUGAACCAGUGUCUUUGAAACAAGCGUUAAGGAGACAAUGUAUUUCUCAAGCAUCAGAAUUGGCUGCGAUUAAGCGUCUUACGAAUCCAAUUAGCUCUCCUCGAAUAUCCGAAGCUGGUACUAUCACAAGCUUGUAUAAAUCGGUUGUAAUUGAAGCUGGUGAAUCGAGUGGUUCGACAAAAACAUUGGAAGAUGAAGAAAUAUCUUCGCCGCCUUUGAUUAAAUCUAUAGGGACUUCAUCCAAUAAUACAUUGUUGGUAAAGGAGAAGCAUGAUUUGGUUCUUCCUUCUUCAAUGUCUUUCCAUAGCUCUGAUAAAACUCGAUUGGAUUCUAAAUUCUCUUUGGAAAAGAGUGGAAAGGGGAUGAAGUCAAUGUUGAAUAAAACCGAGAAGGCUGAUCCUUCUUGUGAUGCUAGAUUAGAACAGAAAAGAGUAGCACCAAAGUCAAAACGAAAGGGAAGGCUGCAGAUUGGAGCGAAGAACUCGUCUAGUAUUAUUAGAGGUGGUAAAUCAUCGAGAAAGGUCUCUCCUACAGUCAAACCAGUUGUUAGAAACAAGCCUAUCGUCAAGAAGAAUUCCAAUCCGGUUUCAGUUCCUAAUGCCAAUAUCGAAAGUCCUAUUGCCAUGGAAAAUAAAAGUGCUCAAUCGCUAUGCCAGAGAUGUCAUUGUACAUUGACAAACACAACUACAGAUUCCAGAAAUCUCGUAGGAAAAGUAGAGAAAUCAAGAAUUGUGAAAAAAGGCGAUUUCUCACAAAGUUCAAAUAGUAGCUUAGGUGAUUACAGCACUACUACUAGCAACAGUGAAGAGAGUAAUCUAAGCGAAUCAAUCUGCAGGAAUAGGCCUCACAUGUCGAAAGACUCCAAAUGGGAAUCAAUCCAAAAGGCGAAAAAACAGCAUGGAGUCCUCGGAUUGGCUCAUUUUGGUCUUCUAAAGAAACUUGGUUCUGGUGAUAUUGGCACGGUAUAUCUUGCUGAAUUAAUUGGAACGAAUUGCUUGUUCGCGAUAAAGGUCAUGGAUAACGACUUCUUGGCUAUGAGAAACAAGAUGGCCAGGGCUCAAACUGAGAGAGACAUACUUAGGAUGCUGGAUCAUCCUUUUCUUCCCACUUUAUAUGGUCAGUUUACGUCGGAUAAUUUAUCGUGCCUUGUUAUGGAGUAUUGUCCUGGCGGCGAUCUUCAUGUCUUGAGACAACAGCAGGCUGGUCGAAUUUUUACUGAACAAGCUGCAAGGUUUUAUGUAGCUGAAGUCCUACUUGCAUUGGAAUAUUUACAUAUGCUUGGAGUUAUCUACAGAGAUCUAAAACCCGAAAACAUAAUGGUUCGUGAAGAUGGUCAUAUAAUGCUCACAGACUUCGAUCUUUCGCUUAGAUGCGACGUGAAUCCAAUUCUUGUAAAAUCAUCACCACUCAUCAUGGAACCACCAAAAAUGUCGGGUCCAUGUUCAGGAUCCAACUGCAUUGAUCCGUUUUGUUCUGACCCGUCUUGUCGAGUUUCUUGUUUCAGUCCUAGAUUACCACCAAAACCGAGAAAGACAAAAAACGAUCCAACGAAUAAAAACCUCAUCAGAAGAUUCAGAACGCUGCCACAGCUAGUAGCUGAGCCAACCGGAGCUCGUUCGAAUUCCUUUGUGGGUACCCACGAGUAUCUAGCACCAGAGAUCAUCAAAGGAGAGGGACACGGAAGCGCAGUCGAUUGGUGGACAUUCGGUGUGUUUCUUUACGAGCUUUUGUAUGGGAAAACGCCUUUUAAAGGUUUGGGGAACGAAGAGACGUUAGCGAAUGUUGUAUUGGAGGGGCUUAAGUUUCCUGAAAGUCCUUUGGUUAGUUUUGAGGCGAGGGAUUUGAUUAGAGGGCUUUUGGUUAAGGAACCGGAGAAUCGGUUGGGAUCGGUUCGAGGGGCGGCGGAGAUAAAACAGCAUCCGUUUUUCGAUGGUUUGAAUUGGGCUUUGGUAAGAUGCACGGUUCCACCAAAGGUGCCCGAGUUUUGCGAGAUUAAGGGGGCGGUUGGUGAGUUUGAGAUGUUUUGAUAAUAGAAGAAGAGUUAUGUUUUUUCUCCACUUGGAUCUAUAAUGUUUUGUAAAUGUGACUGUUAUUUAAUAAUAUCAAGCUGGUGGCUAAGUUUCAUAA